AUGUCUGCAGACAGCAACGCAGCCGCAGAGUAUCUUCAGGAGUUCAAAGAAAUUACAUCCUCCUACUCACCCCAGCAAGUGUACAACGCUGAUGAAACGGGGCUAAAUUUCAAAGCGUUGCCAACAAAGAGCCUAGCUUCAAGAGAAGAAAAGUCCGCUCCAGGAUUUAAAAUGGAUAAGCAACGACUAACCGUAUUAGCAUGCAGCAACGCUUCCGCCACCAAUAAGAUACCUUUGAUAGUUAUCGGUAAAUCCAAAAAACCUCGAUGUUUUAAAAACAUGAAUAUGAACGCUCUGCCGGUUUACUAUAAAAACCAAAAGAAAGCUUGGAUGGAUCGUGCUUUGUUUCAAGAAUGGUUUGAGAAACAAUUUGUGCCCAACGUGAGAGCCUACAAUGAAGAAAAUGGACUGCCUGAUAGAGCGUUGUUACUCAUAGAUAACGCUCCGUCCCAUCCGGAUGACUUAGAGCUGGUUAUUGGUGGUAUAAAAGCCAUUUUUCUACCACCGAACGUUACUUCGAUCAUACAACCAAUGGACCAAGGAGUUCUACAAGCGUUGAAGCAAAAUUAUCGGAAAAAGCUGCUCCGAAGCCUGCUUGAGGAAAAUGAAGACCUCACAAUUCUCCAAAAGCUUAAGAAAAUCACGAUCAAAGAUGUAAUUUUCUGGGUGGCAGAGGCUUGGGAGAACACAAGCUUUGUUGAAGAGGUUGUUCCACCGGUAAAUGAAUGCGAACUUCUUCCUCUUGUAAAAAAAAUACCGGGAUGCGAAAAUGUAGAGAAGGAGUGUGUUGAUGAGUGGACGGCUGUAGAUGACAAAGGCUUCGAGGAGUACACAGACGAAGACAUCGUGGCACAGGUGCAAGGAGUCCCAGCUGAUGACUCAUGUAGCAGUGAGGAUGAGGGAGACGCCCAAACUACCGAUAUUGUUCCACACAGCGCAGCUGCAAGUGCCUUUGACCUCGCUCUACGCUACGUCGAGCAACAUGCCGCUGCUACUCCCAAUGACUUCGCAAGAGCGCUCGGAAAGGUUCGUGCUCAGUCGGAAGGGAUCGUAUGUGACGCAGCAGCUGUGUGUGAGGGGUUCAGGGCCACUUGCCGAGUGUCCGCCGUUAGGGCUAACACGCACUACAGCGGCCGCGGCCACGGCCACGACAGCGGCCAGCCGCUCGCGGCCAGUUUAACAUUAAGAACAAUGUAA